AUGGAUCGCAGCCACAUUGUCACUUCCCUGCUUCGUCCUCUUGCCACCUUAGACAGGUUGAAGAGCAUCGAUGCAGUGCCAGUGUCUUCGUGGGAUAAAGAGGCUGCUACACGUCGACCACAACUGGUGCAGCUUCCGUCGGGGCCUGUAUCUGCUCCCAAGAAGCUGCAACAGCAACAGCAACAGCAUGCAAGUCCGAACCAACGCUCUGCUACACCAUUGCAGCCACUACCGAAAACGUCAGGGAUUCGCCUUAACAGGAGCACAAAACGCGUCACUAAAGUCCCCAAGCUUUCAUUCACGAAGCGAAGAGGACGAAAUGCCAUCUCGAACCAGUUCAGUCUCGAUGGCGCCAGACAAGUGAAUGCCGGAGUAUAUUUACUGGAGAACGUCAACACUGGUCAUCGCUACUUCGGCACGACGUGGGACCUCCAGAAUGCUGCAGCCCAGAGCUUCCACGACCUGCAGCUUGGCGUGCAUCCUCACCAAGCAUUGAGUACGUGUUUUAUACUGUACGGCGAAGCAGCUAGUGGUAUCCGCUUCCGCGUCCUCGAACAGGUGAGUCCUCCGUCGUCGCCCAAGCCUCCAGUUUAUACCGACCAGGUCCGAGCGAAACGGAGACGAAUCAAGCGCCUUCUAGCCGGGCGAGAAGCCGACAACAAUGAAGACGGCUUCGACGUGCGAGCCAUGGAACGGAAACUAGCAACUAGACUGCGAUUCCACCAUCGGAAGGUGAUUCGACGGGCGGCGUACAAGAUUGUCCGACGGUUUUUAGUGAUGCCGAUACUAGCGCGUGCCUGGCCUCUCUGGGUUCGCGCUGCUGAAGGCUGUGCGCUUGUCGAACGUACUGCAGCUACUGUGGAGAUACAGCGCGUGGCUCGAGGCUAUCUCGACAGAGUUAUGGUCGAUAAAAUACGUCGAGAUCGUGCAGCUCGAACACUGCUGCGAUUCAUGCGACGCUGUCACUUUACGUUAGCAUGUAGAAGGAGAGCUCGUAGUCGUCUCGAAUCCAAGGCAGCACGUGUUCUCCAACGAUCGAUGCGCGAGUUUGUAGCGCGUCGCAAAGCUCGAAGACGACGCGACGGAGUGCGCCGAUGGCUGGCAGCACGGAAGCUGCAGACACACGUUAGACGACAUCUCGCUCGUCGUCUAGUAGACCGCAUGAGACUGGAUAAACGUCGUGCACGCGCUGCUGUCGAUAUGCAGCGUACAACUCGAGGACAUUUAGCUCGACUGCGAGUGCAGCGCCAGCGCCAGCGGCGUAUUGACGACAAGGCAGCCACGGAUAUCCAGAAGAUCUGGCGAGGCUACUCGACACGAACGAAAGUCACACUGCGUAGUCUUGGGGCCCUUUCAACUCAUAGACUACAUCAUUGCUCGAUAGAUGAGCUGAGAGAUGAGGCAGCCAGGACGAUUCAACAAGCCUACAGUCGCUGGGAAGCUCGGCGUCUACGAGAACAGAACGAAAAGGCCACGACAAUUCGCUUGGCUUACCGUAACUAUGUCGCCAGGAAGUUUGGCUGGGCUGCGGUGACUGUGAUGCUAGAGACAGCGAUGGCGAAUCGAAUCCAACGCGCCGGACGACGCUGGAUGUUCCAGCGCAAGUUACGUCGUGUGGUUAACGAGUUUCGACGGGAUAAGGCUGCACUUACCAUUCAAUGCUGCACGCGUCAACAUCACGCUCGAUUGAAGCUGUACAGGUUGAGGAAGAAGAAGAAAUGCGCACAGGCGAUUAGACAGAUACAGGCUUUCUGGCGUGGGUGUUGGAUGCUGCUUAAUCUGCUUGAGCGUAUUCUUAAGCGGAAGCGGGAGCGUGCAGCCAAGAGAAUCCAAGCCACGUACCGCGCGUGGAUAGCACGACGCGAAUACGUCGCUAUCAGAGACCUGGCGAGACGAAAUCGAGCCGCUACGAAGAUGCAGUGCAUGUUCCGAGCGCGACAGGCUCGACGUGAACUGAUGCGACGUCAAGUGGUUCGCCGUCUCGGCGCCUGUGAGAGCUGUCGCUCUCAACUCGCGACGGUCUACCAUUUCGAGGCAGAGAGCGAGCUCUGCGCGGCGUGUAGCGACGAAUUCGCCAGUCUUGGUGACGCUGUUAUGGAGACCAUCGAUGUGACUGUGUAUCGCCGUAUUCUCGUGCCGCUGAUGAGUGCUCAACGCGCAUAUCGAGCCUUUCAAACGCAAAUGCGACUCCGGUUUGGUACGUGUACGUUGUGCGAGAAACACGCUGUUCGCAGAAGCUGUUGGUCCUGCUUGUACGGCCAGGGCUUCACUGCAAACGUUGGCAAGCGCAACGGAAAGCCAGCGAUGGGCUUGACGUUUUGUCGGUCUUGUGAUGCUCUGUUUCACGAGCGUAAGCAGCAUCAGAGGAAGGAUAUUGAGCUUGCGUACACCGAAGACGCUGCUGCCGUGACGAUACAAAAGUACUAUCGCCGGUUCGCACAGCGAUGUACGGUAGCAGAUCUGCGCUUAGCUCAGCAGACAUUAGCGGCAAAGCGUGUCCAGGUGUGUUUCCGACGUCACCGACAGCGUCGAAUCACGCGCGCUAUCUGCGCGGCUCACAGACGGCAGCAGGUGCUUGAAGCGGGCGCUGCACUCACGAUACAGCGUGCAGUUCGAGGAUAUUUAGCUCGCUGUGAGCUUCUCCAUCUCAAGUACGAGCGUGACAGCGCCAUCAAAAUCCAACGCGCGUUCCGACGGUAUCAAGCGAGACGUGUGUACAAUGCAGCGGUUGUUAUCCAGAGCCACGUUCGCGGGUGGCUGGCACGUCGUGUGGCUUGUAUUCUCCGUCAAGAACGACAGGGGAGACAGCAGAACGCCGCUGCGUGCUGCAUUCAGCGUCACGUGCGUGGGUUUCUUGCACGGCGACGCGUAUGGCACCUGCGUCAGCACAAAGCAGCGGUGCGUAUACAAUCCGCCUGGCGCGGAUACGUCGCGAGGUGCGAGUUACAUGCGCUGCAGCUCGAGAAGCAGCGGAGAUUCAACGAGGAAUUACGCACCAGACUCAGCGCCGUCGCCGCGCAGAUCGCCGAGUGUGAACGCGCUGCAGCCACGUGCAUCCAGACUGAAGUUCGAGGACGACAAGCUCGAAUCGAGUUGUACAGACGGAAACUCCAGGCUGCCAGGAGCGCGCGCGAACAGCUUCGUGAUAAUGCGGUGGCGCUUGAAGCGGCGAGUGCGACGUGCAUCCAGCGUCAUGUGCGUGAGCGUCUCACAGCUCCUGUCAGUCACCACCGCCUGCGCGCUCAAUGCUGUGCUCGGUGUUUCUUGAGUCGACGCACAGUGAAGCGGAUGCGACUGGAAAAGCAGUCGGCUGUGCGGAUCCAGCGGGCGUUCCGGUAUUCCCGUGCGAAGCGAAGACUUGCUCGACUGGUUGAUGAUGACACGACGCCGGCGUCUGCGUGGGUCGAGCUCUUCGACGAAGCGAGCGGAUGCGUCUACUACUACCACACAGAGACUGGCGAAAGCGUCUGGGAACGACCAGCCGAGAUGGAUACGUCGCCUGAGGACGCAACCAGCGAGAAUGUCGGCGAGUGGGUCGAGUACUGGGACGAAAACGUCGGUACGUCGUACUUCUACAACGUCAAAACCGGCGAGGCCACGUGGGCGACACCUGCAGGCUAUCAAAGCAGCAACCUGGAAGACACUACGACUGCAGAAACGUGGCCGCUGAAUAAUGGCGGCUCGUAUUACACGCUUCAACCACGCUCGAAACUGGAGUCAAAAGACGCAGAAAAUCAGAAAACGGAGGUGUAUGGGGACCAGUACGCGCCGUACGGCUACGAAGAUCAGGCGUAUUAUGACAACAACCAUGAGGAGGGAGCUUAUUACUACUAUGGCGAUGGCACGGCGUACGCGUACCCAGACGACGAACCGGUCGACACCGAGUACGACAUCAACUACAAGAUUUACCUGACGCAGAUCGCGCAGGAGCAGCAACAGCAACAGCAACAAGAUCAGAAGCCCAACGACACCAAACAGGCUUGAAUAGACCACUAUCGUGUAGCUUGAAC